AUGUCCCAGUGUCAGAGGGGCCUGCAGCAGCGGCACACCAGCAAGGUCGCCCUUCCACCUGGGACUGUACCAAAGGUCUACCAACAGGUUCUGUCCUUGGUAUUUGCUGUGAAGGAGAUAAAUGAGAACCCCAACCUCCUCCCAAAUGUCAGUCUGGGCUUCCACAUACAUGACAGCUACAUGAAUACUAGGAUGACUUCUCUGAACACCCUGAGACUUCUAACCUGCCAAAAUAGGAUGGUCUUCAAUUACAAAUGUGAUGAGUCAAAGAAUCUGAUUGCUGUUAUUGGGGCCCUUACCAAUGAAAUAUCCCUUGAAAUGGCGAAUAUCUUAGAAAUCUACAAGGCAUUCAACUGUGUGUUUGAUGAUUCCAUUGAGAGGCUGGAGAACAGUGAUACUUGCACAGGUGAAGAGAAACUGGACAGCUUACCUGGAGUUUUGUUUGAAACAAGUAUGACCGGCCUCAGCUACAGUGUCUACACUGCAGUGUAUGCUAUAGCACAUGCUUUACAUAAGGUUUAUGCGUACAGGGGAAAACUGGGAGAAAAGGGAGACAGAGGAAGAGUGGAUCUUCCACAUCUUCAAUACUGGCAGAUCCACACUUUCCUGAGAAGAAUAUCAUUUAACAACAAUGCGGGGGAUCUGGUGUAUUUCAGUGAAAAUGGUGAACUAGCAGCUGGGUUGGAGAUUGUAAACUGGGUGACUUUCCCCAAUCAGUCCUUCUUGAGAGUCAAAGUAGGAACGCUGGAUCCACAGGCUUCACCAGGCCAGGAGCUGAGUGUUAAAGUGGAGGCCAUCACUUGGCCCAACACAUUUAACCAGUCUCUCCUGGACCUGAAGAGAAGCAAAGCUGAUAUGGACGACUGUUUCAAAUGCCCUGAAGAUCAGUAUCCCGAUAUGAACAGAGAUCAGUGCCUUCCCAAAUCUCUGAACUUCCUCUCUUUCUCAGAACCUUUAGGGAUUGCUUUAGUGUUCUUGGCACUGUCUUUUGCUCUGAUGACAUCUUUGGUGCUGGGAAUUUUCAUCAAAAACAAGGACAUCUUCAUCACAAAGCCAACAAUCGACCUCAGUUAUUCUCUACUGAUUUCCCCUUCUGCUCGGCUUUCUUCUUCCCCUCGCUAUUCAUUGGCAGGCCUCAUCCGUACCAAGGGCAAAUACAUGGUGGCUGUGGAGAUCUUUGCCAUUUUGGCCUCCGGUGCUGGGGUUCUGUCCUUGGUAUUUGCUGUGAAGGAGAUAAAUGAGAACCCCAACAUCCUCCCAAAUGUCAGUCUGGGCUUCCACAUAUAUGAUAGUUACAGGAAUACAAGGAUGACUUCUCUGAACACCCUGAGACUUCUAACCUGCCAAAAUAGGAUGAUCGUCAAUUUCAAAUGUGACAAGUCAAAGAAUCUGAUUGCUGUCAUUGGUGGCAUUACCUAUGAAAUAUCCCUUCAAAUGGCGACUAUCUUAGAAAUCUACAAAGUACCUCAGAUGCACCCCUUCCUGAGAAGUAUUUCAUUUAACAACAGUGCUGGGGAUCUGGUGUAUCUGAAUGAAAAUGGAGAACUAGCAGCUGGGUUGGAUAUUGUAAACUGGGUGACUUUCCCCAAUCAGUCCUUCUCAAGAGUCAAAGUAGGAACGCUGGAUCCACAGGCUUCACCAGACCACGAGCUGAGUGUUAAAGUGGAGGCCAUCACUUGGCCCAACGCAUUUAAUCAGGUGAUGCCCCGGGCUGUGUGUAAUGACAACUGCCAUCCAGGCUACUACAAAGAGAAGAAGGAGGGCGAACAGUUCUGUUGCUACAAUUGUGUUCCAUGUCCAGAAGGGAAGAUUUCUGACCAGAAGGAUAUGGACGACUGUUUCAAAUGCCCAGAAGAUCAGUAUCCCGAUAUGAUCAGAGACCAGUGCCUUCCCAAACCUCUGAACUUCCUCUCUUUCUCAGAGCCUUUAGGGAUCACUUUAGUGUUCUUGGCACUGUCCUUUUCUCUGAUGACAUCUUUGGUGCUGGGAAUUUUCAUCAAAAACAAGGACACGCCCAUCGUCAAAGCCAACAAUCGGGACCUUAGUUAUUUUCUACUGAUUUCCCUUCAGCUUGGCUUUCUUUCUUCCCUGCUAUUCAUUGGCAGGCCUCAGCCAGUGACUUGCUGCUUACGACAAACCGCUUAUGCCAUCUCUUUCUCAGUGACAAUUUCUUGUGUGUUGGCAAAAACAGCCACUGUGGUUGUGGCGUUCAUGGCCACCAAGCCGGGGAGCAGGCUGAGGAAAUGGGUGGGGGGAAGACUCACAAACUCGAUUCUUUGUUGCUCCCUCAUUCAGGCCAUCCUUUGUGUUAUCUGGCUUUGUACUUCUCCUCCAUUCCCAGAGGUUGACAUGCAUUCUCUCUCGGAAGAAAUCAUCAUAGGAUGCAACGAAGGGUCGGUCGUCCUGUUUUAUAGCGUUCUGGGGUACCUGGGACUUCUGGCUAUGGUCAGCUUCACUGUGGCUUUCCUAGCCAGGAAGUUGCCAGAUUCUUUCAAUGAAGCCAAGUUCAUUGCUUUCAGCAUGCUGGUCUUUUGCAGUGUUUGGCUGUCCUUUGUUCCCUCUUAUCUGAGUACCAAGGGCAAAUACAUGGUGGCUGUGGAGAUCUUUGCCAUUUUGGCCUCUGGUGCUGGGGUAACAGCUUUCAUUUUUUUCCCCAAAUGCUACAUAAUUGUUGUGAAGCCUGGCUUGAACCACAAGGGCCAACUUAUGAAGAGAAAUAAGUAG